CAAUCCGCUUACAAAUUGGAACCUCGCUUUACUUGUUCACAAACUGGCGGAAAUAAUUAAGAAAGAGAGUGUCACCGGAGGACUACCACCCGAAUUCAUGUUUUCUGGUUCUAGUGAUAUGGAUCCACUGGUUAUGCAGAGUUUGAUUGAUUCUGCUAUAUUUUCCAAUGAUCCAGCCGAUUCCAACGUAAUAACAAUGGCAAUUGUACCGCUUUUAUGCGAUAUUUUAACUGAGGGACCUCAAACAAAUGAUUCUGAACAUUUGAAAGCUAUCAUUAUAGCAUUAUAUCAAUUUUCAAAACCAUAUCGAAUUAAUUGUUCACGUUACAUAAUUAACCGACGUGUACUUCCUCAUAUAUUUGGGUCCAUUCUUCCAUUUUUUGCCGACGGCGACCGUCUUCUUCCAUUGAAGCUAUUAGCUAAUUGUUGUCAAAAUGCACCACGAGAUUGUUACAAUAUAUUGAUGGACGAAAUUAUUAACGGUGAUGAUUUCCAGUGUUUAUUCGCCGAUUAUGAACCACCAUAUGUAGUUC